CCCUGCGCAUGCACGCGUCGACUUGGAGUGUGUGUAUAUGAUGAAUGUCUGUGUGCGCACACCUGCCUGGAGUGCGUGCAUAUGAUGAAUGUCUGUAUGCGCACCCCUGCGCAUGCACGUGUGGAUGUCGACACGGAGUGUGUGUAUAUGAUGAAUGUCUGUGUGCGCACACCUGCGCACGGACGCGUCGACGCUCGGCUCUGAGUGUGUGUAUUUGAUGAAUAUCUCUGUGCGCACACUUUGUCUCUGUGCGCACACCGCUGCUCUCGCUAUGUGUUCAACACCUACCGAGGAUUCGCCGCCCUUCACCCGCAAGACUCAGCCGGCUGUCUGUGGAGCUGUGAAGGCGUCACACAGGGCGACUCCGUGGCAAUGUUCGUCUACGCCUGCGGCAGCCUUCCCCUCAUUCAUGCCCUGCGGGCUGCCUUCGCUGAGGAGGGAUAUGAUAUGCCGUCGAGUGGGGCACGGGACGACUCGGACAGCGAUGGGUCUAGAUCAGAUAAGGGCGAGCACGAAAAUGCGCCAUCAGAAGGGCAAGAGAGGCCAGAAGAAGCCUGUGACACGCCACCAGAAGCACGGGGGGAUGAUGCGGGUGUGCGGGUGUGUUCUGGUGUAGAAGGUGUUGGUGUUGGUGAGGAGGAGAAUUCGUCGGCCUCGUCGGCCUCUUCAUCUGGCGCUUUACUGCGACACUGCUGGUAUGCAGAUGACUCGUCGGCGCUCGGCAACCUUCACGGCAUCCUGGUGUGGUUUCGAGCCCUGCGCCGCAUCGGCGCCUCAUACGGCUAUCACCCGGAGGCCGCCAAGUGCUUCCUCAUCGUCAAACCCGAGCUCGAGCAGAUCGCAAGGGAACUUUUCGAGCCCGAGGGGAUGCAGAUCGUCACGGGCAAGAGGUUUCUGGGCGGCUAUGUAGGCGAUGAGGAAGGGACGGCGGCCUUCCUCUGUGAGAAGGUCGAGGGAUGGGUGCACGGCGUGCGCGCGCUCACGUCUGCUGCCCGCAACUUCUCGCACACCGCCCACGCGGCAAUGACGAGGUCUCUGCAAAUGGAGUUGGACUACGUCUUCCGUGUCGUGCUCACCGACGAGUCUGCUCUCAGCCCCCUCCACGAGGCCAUCGCUAAGAAGCUGCUGCCGGCCCUCCUCGGCGGCCCUGUGACGCCGUCCGAGGUCGACCUGAUGCUGCUGCCUGCCCGCUUUGGCGGUACCGGCAUACGUGACCAUCUCGACCGAGCCGCAGCCGCAUACCCCGCUUCCCGCGCGGGCACCAAAGUGGUCUCCAAGUCCAUCCAAGGCAAGGCCCCUUUCCACCCUGGCGACCAUCGUGCCACCAUCCGUCACGCCCUCACCCAGAGCCGGCAGCAGCAGGACAUCGACCACAAAGCCAAGAGAGAAGCCGCCCUUCCCCACAUCGACCGCCAGCCUCAUCGCGUCCUCUCCCGCAGCGCCGAAUACAAGACGUCCGGCUGGCUGACCACCCUGUGCGAAAAAAGGCCGGUGAGGACCUUUCCUGUACUUAGCUGA